AUGAUUACCGACAUUCAACUUGCAAUCUUUGCUAAUGCAUUAGGAAUUACAUUGUUUUUAUUGGUCGUAAUUUAUCAUUAUGUUGCUGCCAACUACAGCAAAGAAGCAUCUACCUUAAUUUUAGCGGCUUAUAAUGGUUCAGUAGUUAAAAAAGGUUGGGAUUAUUCUAUUUUAUCAUUACUAAGAAGUCCUAAAAGUAAAUUUAUGCCUCGUGGGACUGUAUUUCCUGGAGGAACUGUUCAUUCAUUUGAUGCUAAUGAAAAAUGGCUCAAUUUAUUUUCUGAUUCCAUAAUCAAAAAUCAUGAUAUCUCAAAAAUAAAAGAAGCACCUUCUAUUCUUAAUAACCAGGUAGGUUUAAUACCGAAAUUGCUGUCUUUAAAAAUAACUGCUAUUCGUGAAACUUUUGAAGAAACUGGAAUUUUACUGUGUAAAAAAAAAGAUACUUCUCUAAAAUAUGAUGAGCUAUCUUCAUUGCUUUGCCCAAAUAAUAUAGGCAUUUGGAGAAAAAAAAUCCAACUGGAUCCUUCAGAAUUUUUCAUUUUGUGUCAAGAUCUUAACUGCUAUCCAGAUGUUCAAAGUUUAAAUUUAUGGAGUAAUUGGUUAACACCUUUUAAUGUUUCCACAAAGCGCUUCAACACAUGUUUUUUUAUUGCAUGUGUAAAUAAAAAUUUAAAUAUUGCACCUGAUGAUAUUGAAGUGACAGAAGUUUUUUGGUCAUCACCUGAUGAAUUAGCGACUUUACAUAAGAACAAAGACAUUUGGCUUCCUCCACCUCAAUUUUAUGAAAUUUCUAGAUUGUUAAGAUUUCAAAAUAUAGAUUCUUUAGAAAAGUUUUCUGUAGAUAGAAGUCAAAAUGGGUGUUAUGUGUGGAUGCCUGAAAAAAUAGAAACAUUAGAUGGUUCUGUUUACAUUUUACCAGGAGAUGAAUUGUAUGAAAACACAAAUUACAAUGAAUUUAAAGGUAGAGAAAAAAUAAAUAGCACAGCUGAAGAAUUUAGGCUCAAAUUUAAUACUUUACAUAGAAUAGAAUCUAUUACCAAUUCGGAAACUAGAAUAGUUAUUCAAAAUUAUCAUCCUAAGGAUGGUCACAUUCUUCCUCAAAAUUUCUGA